AUGGUGAGCAACGAAGCCCCCCCCUCUCCGCCGUCAAACAACGCUCAGCCGCCGUCGUUCGACCGAGAUUCUACUCACGACGUGUCCAAUUUCCAGACCAUCGCGGCUAGAAUCCGACAGCUGAGGGACAUCAUCUCUGAGAUGGACGAGGACCGGAGUUUCUUCUUACACGCACUGGACCGCUCUCUCCAGGAGUACAAUACCGUCGACUCGACUGUGAACCCCCAGGCCAUCAUCACCAGCCCGCCGAGACAGCCUCCACAAAGACAGCCCUCGCAGCGUCAACCCCAGCAGAGACAAGAGUCCCUGGCCUCGCUGGCCUCGCUGCAGCGUGCAGAACAGCAGUUCCGGCAGGCAGUCGCCAGCAUUGGGGCCGGAGAGGGAGCAUCACGGCAGCCUGAACGGCCACCGGCCAGGUCCCCUCCCGCGGACUCCAUGUCAGACCACCGCCAGUCGAAACGGCGAAAGGUGGAUGCGGAUGAUAACCGAGAGGGUGCCAAAGGGUUCAGCUACAGCCACUAUGGCCAGGUCUCUUCCGUGCCGUUGGAGAUGGAAGUCCACAGCUGCAAAGGAGCCAGCACUGAGCCAGAUCGACGCGGUAACUCCCCAGAUCAUAUACUCGUCAACGACGGCGCGGUCUACAGAGCACAGGGCGGUUGCUGCAACAUCGUCUUGAAGCACCGUGGGGAAAUCCCAUUCUCCUUGAAGAAGCUGAUCAUCAAGACCCCCAAGAGUGGAUGCCACGAUGAGAUGAAUGUCCGAGAAGGGACCGUAAGUAUUUCUAUGGUUUCGGAUCCACGAUUCCUUCGUACCGUCGCCAGCUUUGCCUCAGAGUUCCCCUCUCGUCGCUCCCGUCGUCGGAACGAACCGUCACCACCGUUCUCCGGGACCAUGGCGCCGCCUGGAAAUGGUAGGAGACCAGAGACUUCAGCUGCAAUCCUUCGUGCACGCAUGCUACGCUCACGCGCCAACCAACACCCAGAUUUCCAGUUCGGCACCGAGCAAGAGGACAAAUCGGACGAUGAAUCGACGCAACACGACGCAGCCCGUGAUCAACUUUCCAUUUCCGACCCGGAACCCUCGAAUUCGCGCGACAGUUCUCCGAACAACGAUACCAGUGACAGCGAGAGCAGUGACGGUAUCUCUGGUGUCGCUGAGGCUCUUGCCCAGAACCUGGAUACACGACAACGCCGACUGCUGGAGGCUCUGGGCGUUCGUGUCCCCUCAUAUCUGCAGUCGAGAUCACAGCGGCAUAGAGCGCUCUCACCGACGACCGUCUUUGCCCGUCCGAUCAGCGAGACAGCCCAGAACCAAGAUUCGGACACCAUGCCACCCGUCGCCAGAUUCUCUAUCGAACACGAGAGAGCCGCAGUACAAAUAAGAUUUAAUCCUCCUGUAUCUGCCCGAUACAUUCUUAUCAAGAUGUGGGCUCCCUUCAACCCAGGCCGUAUGGAUAUCGAAAGUAUCAUCGCCCAUGGCUUUGCCGGGCCACGAUUCUUCCCUUCCCAGGAGCCUCGAUGA